CAGCACAAGACAACAGCAUUACACCACCGCAGCAAAACCACACACACGCUGCAACUGUCCACCGUCAUCUCCGAACAUACAUUCUAGAGGCGGAUAGAUUUAAUGGCCGGACCACAUGUUGUGAUGCACCCCAAGCUGCCGCGCAACUUGUCAUGAAGAAAGAUGGAAGACGAGGAUCUCUGGGAGUUUCGGGAGCGAUGGAAGCGGGAGCUGGAGGGAAGGGCUUCGAGCCCGAGACUGGCCGGAGGAGGAUGUGAGCGCCAAGAGCCGCGGAGGCGCGGCGGGGAUCUGGAAAACCAAAACGGGUACGCUGGAGCCGGCGGGGUGAACGGGGGCGUCGGGGCCGUGCGCGGCGACAGGAGCAGCAGGCGUGCGGAGAAUGCCUCGCAUAUGCCAGCCUGCAUGGCUAUGGUGGAGGAGCUGCUGGAGGGCAGGUUGACUUCGCUGAUGGCGAAGAUGAGUGACACGCAGAGUCGUAGGAGGAAGAGGCAUUCGGGCACGGCGAACCCCGGGCCCGGGGACGCGCCUCCGGCGAAAAGCCCCGGAACGGGCACUCUUGUGGAGCAGCUCAUUCGGGACUUGGACGAAAUUAACGAAGUGCCCUUCUUCGACGUGCAGCUGCCCUACGAGGUGGCGCUGAACAUAUUCAUGUUCCUGGGCCGGACGGAGCUGGGCCGCUGCGCUCAGGUGAGCAAAGCGUGGAAGGUGCUGGCAGAGGAUGAGGUUCUUUGGUACAGGUUGUGUCUGAAUGAGGGCUAUCACAGGGGAGCGAGUGUCUCUGACUCACCCUGCUGGAAGGGUACCCUACGCGACUGCAAGAGGACCAAAGACAACGUGCAACAUAACUGGAAGAACCGCAUUGGUGCCAUCAGUCAGCUACAGUAUGAGCUUGGGAAGGUGCUGUGUGAUGUUAGCUCCUGUGAGGAUCUUGUCAUCGCUGGGUACACGUCGGGUGAUGUCAGGCUGUGGGACACUCUUCACUGGGAUGCCGGGGCCUCGUUCCUGUGGCCCAACCGUUUGAGGGCAGAGGUGGCCCCCCGGCCUCACGUCAGCCAGGUGAAGAUCAACCAGUCCGUGGCAGUGGCGUCUUACACAGAUGGAUCAGUGGAUGUGUGGAGUACAGAGAGCGGCCAGGAACCUGUUCACCAUUAUCAGCAGCUCCAAGGUGUGCAGACUGUGGCUCUUGGGCCGAAGGCGGUCGCAGUGGCCACUGCAUCUGGUACACAGGUGCGUGUCGACAGUCCAGAAGACUCGGGUUCCUGGACAACGCUGUGCCAAGCAGAGCUCCAUGCACCCGUCGAGUCCCUUCUCCUGGUACCUGAGCACCUGGAGGGCCCCCUGGCAGCGGUGGCCGCCGGAGACAGCGUGUACCUGCUUGGACCGGGGAGGGGCCCUGAUGUGCUGCACUCCAUCUAUGGACACCCCGUGACCUGCCUGGAUGUUAGUGCUGUGCGAGCAGCGCUUGGUGUCAAGAGCUGUGGUUGGGCCAUGAACGAUGGGGGUAACAAGAUUCAGGUGUACAGCUUGGCAACGGGUCAGCUGGAGGUGUCAGUGGGGAGCUCUGCAGGAGACUUCACCUGUGUCAACCUGAAAGACAGCCCAGCCCACCUCCUGGUGUGUGGCAACAAAGAUCGAAGGGUGAGGCUGUUUGACCUGCGCACCGGCUCCUCUGUGGUGUCACUGUACGCCCACCACCUCGGCGUGACCACUGUCCAGGCAGAUGACUGGAAAAUUGUCAGUGGAGGCAUAGAGGGACUGGUCUGCGUCUGGGAGAUGAGGACAGGGGCCAAGUUGUGGGAGAUGCACAACAGGCAUCCUGUGCGACAUCUCUCCUUUGGAGUGAGCAGGCUGGUGACGGCCAACAUCCCAGAUGAGAAGUUGCCCCGCGGGGCCUGCAUCACGGACGACGACCUGACUGCUCACCGCAGGCACAGAGGUGUCAUCUGCCUUUAUGACUUCUCUGUGGAUGCAACUCAGCCAGACCACGUUCUACCCAUCUGUCGGUCCAACUACACCGAGUCCACUGGUUACAACUACAACAUUGGCCUUGUCGUGCCCUAUGAUGACCUCUCUGGACCUCAUGCCCCUUGACCCCUCAUUCACAGAUACCUUGGACUGGAUGUGAUCCUCUCGUUACCUGAAAAUAAAUCGGGGAUACUCAAAAUGUACCUUUUUUAUCUUCCUUUUAUUCUUAACUAAUGUUCAUGUCUUUUUAACCAUAACUAGUUCUAAAGACAGAUAUUCUUUAGAAUGGGGCACCAUGAAGCUUUUGUGUUAGUUUUUUCAUUAAAUCAGUUUUAGUGAUCACUCGGAUGCCAAGCUUGUAACAAAAUUGUAAAUACAGAAUGUGAAAGUAUACAUAUAAACUUGUGUAUGAAUAUAUUUUGACUUUUAUAUACUGUAAUAAAGGUUCCAUUACAGGUGGUUAAUAUGUUACAUGUCAUGAAUGCAGACUGGCUUUUCCUUGAUCUUUAAAGCCCAGUUAAAUGUCUGUCAGGCUCACACACUAAAAUCCAGAUCCUACAGAGAUCCAAAGACUACACUGGGUUCUCAAAUUAUAAACACAGUUGGGACUAAAGUCUGUCUGUCUUUCUGUCCGGUGCAUUAUUACCAGUUAAAGCUUAAUACAGGCAUUACCCAAUUUAGUCACAAUCUAAGUUCUGUAAAAAACCUCAGAUAAAGAUGUCAGGAAUUAAAAGUUCACUGUAAGACUUUGCUCUGUUUGCUGCAUAGAUUCUGUAAAAGUCUCAGAUACAGUUUCAGUAUACAGGUGGUCCCCGAUUUACAAUGGUUCA